AUGCCUCGUCUUGUGCGUCGACGCCCGCUCAUGGAGCGCAUCCAAGCCUACUUGAACCCGUGGGACUUUUUACUUUGGGUUUCCGAGGAGAUCGAUGGGCACGACUGGGACCAGAUGGAAAAGGAUUGGGGUCUCUCCAUUGGUGCUGGUCUGAAUUUGAUCUUCUGUAUUGCACGCGCAAAUAGUCGAUCAAGUGGCGGGAAAGCCUUCGACGAUGUGUUUGGUGAAGAUGAAGGAGUGCCUUGGCUCAGCUGGCUGGCGACGACCCUCACCACAAUUCUGGGACUUUUGUCUGUCGCAAAUGCAGUCUACACAUUCGCUCGCAAGAAGCGUUAUCGCAUGUUCGAAACGCCUAUAGAUCAGGUCCCUGCGACCCCCUCUGCACACCGCGUGCGAGUAGAAUCAAGCCCGAUGGCCGCGUCUCCCCUCCGAUAUCUCGCAAACGCCUUAGCCGGAGAGUCAGCCCAGUCCCGUGCCCACCCAGAUGCCGAACGUGACGUGUGGGAGAUUGCCCUCUGGGAUCCCCAACCCAUCAGUGUCCGUCUAUUGUGCAUGUUUAGCCCAGGGCAUGUCUUGAUUUACUGGCUCUUCCUACCAACACAGGUGUCUGACCCUCGCCCGAGUGUCACAAUCGUCACAACGAUUGCCCUCACAAUCCUUCUUUCUGUGCAAAUGUCUUUCAUGUCCACUUCAUACACGCAACAGGCGAAAGACUCAAUGUUGGUGCAUAAAGAGGUGAUGAAGGAAUAUGACGCCAAGUUCGUCCACCCUCGGACUCGACCUUUGAUGAGAGAUGUGGGCACACAGUUCUCUGAGCCAGUUCCUGCCCAGUCGGGCUCAGACGCCGAAAACAAAGUUGAAGUCCACACUCCAACAUUCAUUAUCAAUCGUGGAUUCAAGACGAGCCCUAACCCCAAUUACGUCAGUCAUGUCGAUCCAGAAGGCUUGACUCCAAGACGCCCCACUGCCACUCCUGGACCAUCAAUCUUCCAGACCCAGCCGUCCCUCCGUACUCCCAUUGUGUCGGGCGAUGGCUCGCCAUUGGUUCGUACAGCGGGACAUUCCAUGCGGCAACCGCAAUUCCGACCAACAUCAACAAGUACAGGCGAUGGAGGUAGUCUUGGGGUCUAUUCGCACGCCAAUUCCCCAUUGAGGAAGUCAGCAUCAACCGCUUUCGAGCGCCGAACUCACAAUAGCGGAGAUUUUGUCUAUACUCCACGAGGAACGAGUCCAGUGAAGAAACAAUCCAGCCCUCUCAAGAGGAGCAGCCUUGCGGCACCUAUGAGUCCAGCACCAGGGAUUGGAGCCCAUAGACCAGGUAGCCUUAAUCCCCGUCGAGAAACGGGAAGAUUCUAG